UUAUUUCAACUGAAGUCUUAAUUUUUUGAUUUUUUAUUAUUUCAUAUUGUUUUGACUUUUGAUAAGAUAUUGUUUACAUUUGUUUAUUAACACAAUAACAUUGGUGUUAAACAGUUAAAUGUUAUUAGUUAUAGGUUUUUGUUGUUAGGGUCUUGACAAAACAGCUUUCAAAAUGGAUUCCGACGUAGACUCCGAACUAAAAUCGGAUUUCACGUCGUAUCUAGAGCACAUAUCCCAAAGAAAAAAAUUUCAACAAAAUUCAACAUUAACMGAACACAGUUAUUCAUCAUCCGAAUAUCAGCAAGACAAUUUGUGUUCUACAAUUCAAACAUUAUUUAUACACAGAUUUGUUCAAAGUGAAAAUUCUUCUGAUGACGUUGACAUUGAAACUAUUGACAAAGAUGUGAAGUUAUUAACAUAUAGACCUGAGGUUGAACCUAAAUCAAUAGAAUCAUAUAGAAAUUCUAAAUUACCUAGAGACCCUGAAAUGUGGGAAGAUAAUAUUAACAAGUAUGUUUACAACUUUUUACCAUGGGAUUAUGAAGAGUACUCUCGCGAGGAAGAAUUAGAUAUAGAAACUAGUCUAGAAGCCAUGGUAGAUGCUACAAGAAGUAAAGUUGUAUCAGUGCGAUCUGAAGAUUCCAGCAGGCCUAUUAUCCUGGCUGGUGUUGGAGUCAGUGCUGCUAUAGCUUGUCAAGUAGCUGUUUUAGAAAAAGUUGAAGGAUUAGUAUGUAUUGGGUUCAUUGUUAAUUCAUCUGAAGUAAAAAGAGGUUAUGAAGGUGAUUGUAUUUUGGGUCUUGACUGUCCUACAGUUUUUGUGACUGGCCAGCUAAGCAUUUUUUCACCGGUUUUGGAUAUGGAAGAAUUAAGAGUAAAGUUGAAAUGUAAGACCAAUCAUAUACUAGUUGGUGGUGCAAAUGAUGAAUUGGUCAUGAACCAUACUACUAAGAUGAGAGAAGCAGUCACUCAAAAACUUGUUGACCGAUGUGUUUUGGAAGAAAUUGGAAAUUUCUUGAAAGACAUUUUGGAACCUUCCCCUAAAAUAAUUCGUAAACCUGAUGUUGAAAAUACAGAUUUUAAAAAACCCGUAUUCUCAAAAAAAAAACCUAAUAAUAAAUCUUCAGCACGCCUCAACAAAGGAAGCCAAAAACUUAUGGUUUCUGCCAAUAAACAAACUCCUAAGAGACAAACUGCAAAUCGCAAGGUUACCAAAACAUCAAAUUCGUCAUUAUCUUCUAAUGUAAUAGCAAAAGAUGAAGAACUUAUGCCACCUCCUUCAAGUUCUGUUAAACAAGAAUAUUAUCUUCAGUGUGAAAAUGCUGACUCUACCUCAAACAGUAUUCAACAAGAAGAUAAUAUGUUUAUACCAAAAUUAGGGAAUCAAAAAUUUUCUACUCUAGCAGAAUUGUUACAGGAACAAGACAACUUCAAUUUCAAUGUUUCUCAAACAACUUCAUCUUUAACAUCUAUGAAUGGUUCACCUGUAAUUUUCACGCCAGACCAAAAGAAUAUUGUGGUAUGCAGCUCAAAUUUCCAGUCUCUACAAGAUCAAUCUGCUGCUCCUGUUGUGGAAGAAAUAACACCUGAUCAAAUAUUGGAUAUGCCAAUAGUCUUUGCAGAUGAACCUCAAGAAGAAGAAGAAGUUGAAGUAAAACAUAAUAUUGAUAACAGUUCCUAUUUCAUCGCAAAUUUAAAUGAAUUUAAUGAACGGAAAAUGGUUGUCAAAGAAGAACCUGUUGAUGAAGAUGACAAUUUUGAUGUCUUAUGCCCUACUAUUUCAAGGACUACGAUUCCUGAGCGUCUAAAAAUUAAACAGGUUGCAUAUGACUCACCUUCCAAAGUCAAGCUAGUAGUAAACAAAGCACCAAAAGGACUUGUACCCAGUGGUUACCAAACAUUCUCUGUUCCCAGUCAAAAUUCAGGAAAUAUUCAAUUUGUUAACAGAUUACCCAUAUCAGGUAAUAAAAUCAGAAGAAUUGAAGGAGGAAUGAAUUCUAGGGUUGUGCCAAAAACUGUGUCGAUUCGUCACAUACAAGACAGUAACAUUAAAAUUCUCAAAAGUAAUACAGGACAACAAAUAAAUUUAAAUAAAAUUAAAACAAUGGCAACCACACAAAAGUUUAAGAAAAUUAUAUAAUACCAAAUUUUAAGACUAAAGUGAUGAAGAUGCGCACACACAACCUUCACAUAUUGCUGUUAACAAAAGCAAGUUAGUUAAUAAAAUAUUUAUAUUUAUGUU